AGGAGGGGCACCUUCAGAGGAGAGAACGACUGCCCUAGAAAUACGACCUAAGUCAGUCGCUGAGUGGAGACAUUCGAAACCAUGUCGGUGCCUGCGUUCAUUGCUUUUUUGGUGCUCGGCACCGUCAAUCUGCAGGUGUUCGCCGCAAAGGACCUUGGUGCAUUGUUGCAGCAUGGCCAGUGUCCCGAGUGGGGCCAAAUUUCUGCUGAAUGCUAUAAAACCCAGCUGAAUGACUUGAUCGCCGGAAUCGCCCAAGGCGUUCCGUCACUGGGCGUCCCUCGUCUGGAGCCUUUUGUCGCUGGUCCUCUCAAUGUGACCGUCAAGAUCUCUGACGACCAGAGCUUCGCCAUGAGUCUCAAUCGAAUGACCUUCUCUGGCCUCAGCAACAGCAGAGUUUCCUCUCUCAAGAUCGGCAAGUACGACGAUGAGCGCCCUGAUGAAUUCAGUCCCAUUGAGGUGACCGUCGGUUUGUCCAAGCUCAGGAUCAAAACUCCCUUCACCACCGAGGGCAAGUUUGUCCUCUACAGAACCACCGGAGGCGGACAUCUCACUUUCACUUUUGUUGAUGUCGCCAUGCGCGUCCGCGUCAAGUACAACGUGGUCAACCGUGACGGAGAGCGUUUCGCCGAGGUUCACUCCGCCAACGUUCAGGCCAGCGCUGCCAGGACCAAUAUCAACGUCGACAGCCUCAAGAACGACAACGAGCUUGCCAGACAAAUGUUCAACACGAUUCUGUCCGCGAGCAGCGACCAAAUCUUCGAACUGAUGUUCCCCUUCAUCAACGACGAGUUCUCCAAGCUGUUCUUGAGCGCGGCCCGCAGCACCACCGCCAACCUGCCUCUCUCCAAGGUCUUCAAGCCCUGGCAGGAGCCGCCUUCCACCGCGUGAGUGGACUGAUUGCCGUUUAUUUAAUAUUAUGUUUAAAGUUAUGAGGGAUGCGACAAAAAAACAAUGAAUAUCCCGGCUUUAAGUUUAUUUGGAAAUUUUUGUGUACAAUGUAGUAUUGCUAUAAAUGUAGCAGACAUGAUCCAUGACAACAAUAAAGGCACAUGGUGAACAAUC